AUGGCUUCCAUGGCAGAUAGGUCUAUUAAAAGAGAAGUGAAGGCAAUGGAAGCCAUUAAUAAUGUUUCAACUAAGAAGGAAUUCAACAAGGGAGCAUGGACAGCUGAGGAAGAUAGAAAACUGGCUGAGGUUAUAGCAAUCCAUGGUGCUAAAAGGUGGAAGACAAUUGCAACUAAAGCAGGUCUUAACCGAUGUGGCAAGAGUUGCAGGCUAAGAUGGUUGAAUUACUUGAGGCCUGACAUCAAGAGAGGAAACAUAUCAGACCAAGAAGAGGAUUUGAUACUUAGGCUCCACAAACUACUUGGAAAUCGGUGGUCUUUGAUAGCCGGAAGAUUACCGGGGCGAACAGAUAAUGAGAUAAAGAACUACUGGAAUUCUCAUUUGAGCAAGAAGUUAAGGCAGAAGGAGAAGCAAAGUGGAGCUGCAACAAGAGAUGGCUAUACUGUUCAGGAAAAUAAGGAGGAAGAGAAAGUCAAUGAAGAAAUGAGUGGAGAGGAGAAUACAUCUAAAGGAGUUGAUGACUCAAAAAAGUGA